AUGUCUUAUCCGCUGUCCUCCCUUUGCGACAGCUCCCUUCUCUCGCCUUUUUGCGAACGAACCUCCAACCCGACCGAACGUCACGGGCUUGCUCUGAAUAUCGGGUGGUUGGACUGCUGCGUGCCAUUCCUGACAAACGACAACUCGCCUCGACUGGAUCGAAUUGAUUUGUCGAAACACCAGGAUCGUUUUGUCGUCAAGUCCCCUCAGCAUCUUGCCUCGAGGAGUUUCUGCAAGGACAGUACUUUCGGCAGCAACUUCUGA